AUGACGAUUAUACUACAAGUGUGCAUAAAAUGCAAUUACUACUACCAGAGCGACACGGAUGACGCGACAGCAACCCACCCAGCGUGGAUGGAGAACCCCUAUACCAAGGUGGACACGGUGGCCGCAGACUUCCUGCUGCGUAAAGGUGGAGAGAAGAAGUUUAAUGUCAAAACGCUGCGUUUGGGCCCUUUGACCAAACGGGGAUUCUACUUGGCGUUCCAGGCCCAGGGCGCAUGCAUGGCCCUUCUAUCCGUGCGCGUCUUCUUUAAGAAGUGUCCGGCUCUCAUGCGCUCACUAUCCGUCUUCCCGGAGACAGUUCCACGCUCACUGGUCCAGGAGGCAGUGGGCCAGUGUGUGGCCAACGCAGCGCAGCCUGGACCCAAUCCCAGACCGCCCAAGAUGUUCUGUGGAGAAGAUGGACAGUGGGUGGACCAGCCCACCACCACCUGCACUUGCCUGCCGGGCUUCGAGGCCAGCCAUGGAGAGCUGGAGUGUAGAGCGUGUCCUGUGGGUCAUUUUAAGAUGGGAUCUGGUCCUGGCCCGUGUUCUUUGUGUCCUGACUCCAGUCACACAAGUGAGAUGGGAUCUGCCUCCUGUGUGUGUCGCCCUGGUUUUUACCGUGCCCCUACCGACAGUCCAGAUACACCCUGCACACGUGACUCAGAAAUGGAGCGCGGUUCUGAGGAAAACUCCUGUCAUUUUAUGGAGAGUAAUAUCAACGAGGUCGUAUUGAGCGACUUGCGCAGGGCGACACAGUACGAGGUUCAGGUCCGCGCUCGCACCUUGGGCGGCUAUGGCAGCUUCGGUCAAGCUGUCAUCUUUCGGACCCUUCCUGACGAAGAUGAUUCCUCGUCUCCGCUGCUUGUUACUGGGAUCCUUAUAGCCAUGGGCAUGCUGCUCCUCAUCAUCGUCAUUGCUGCUGCAAUCUACUGUAUAAGGAAGCAAAGUAAUUUCAAAGAUCCAGAAAUGAGUGACAAAAAUGGCCAAUAUCUCAUGGGUCAAGGAAUGAAAGUUUACAUUGAUCCAUUCACGUAUGAAGACCCUAAUGAGGCCGUGAGAGAGUUUGCUAAGGAGAUUGAUGUCUCGUGUGUCAAAAUCGAGGAGGUUAUUGGGGCAGGGGAGUUUGGAGAAGUCUGUCGUGGACGGCUGAGGAUUCCGGGUAAGAAGGAGAACUAUGUUGCCAUUAAGACUCUUAAGGGUGGAUACACAGACAAGCAAAGGCGGGACUUCCUGUCUGAGGCCUCAAUCAUGGGCCAGUUCCAGCAUCCCAACAUUAUCCACCUGGAAGGCAUAAUAACAGCCAGCUGCCCAGUCAUGAUCCUCACUGAGUUCAUGGAGAAUGGAGCUCUGGACUCCUUCCUGAGACUCAAUGACGGUCAGUUUACUCCAAUACAGUUAGUCGGCAUGCUGCGUGGCAUCGCGUCAGGAAUGAAAUAUCUCUCUGAAAUGAGCUACGUACAUCGUGAUCUUGCUGCUCGGAACAUUCUCGUCAACAGUAACCUGGUCUGCAAGGUGUCUGACUUUGGUCUGUCGAGAUUCCUGCAAGAGAAUUCAUCUGAUCCUACGUACACCAGCUCACUGGGUGGUAAAAUUCCAAUCCGUUGGACGGCACCUGAGGCUAUUGCAUUCCGUAAAUUUACCUCUGCAUCAGAUGUAUGGAGUUACGGAAUUGUCAUGUGGGAAGUGAUGUCAUUCGGAGAGCGGCCAUACUGGGACAUGAGCAAUCAAGAUGUGAUUAAUGCCAUUGAGCAGGAUUACCGGCUGCCUCCUCCUCCUGACUGUCCCACUCACCUGCACCAGCUGAUGUUGGACUGCUGGCAGAAGGAGCGGACGGCACGGCCACGCUUUUCCAACAUCGUCUCAGCACUCGACAAGCUGAUUCGCAAUCCUGCCUCGCUUAAAAUCACCGCCCAAGAGGGGGCAGGACCCUCUCACCCUCUGUUAGACCAGCGUUCCCCUCUGACGCCCACAUCCUGUGGGACAGUGGGAGACUGGCUCAGGGCCAUUAAGAUGGAGCGUUACGAGGAGAGCUUUCUACAGGCUGGGUACACGUCCAUGCAGCUGCUCGCUCACAUCACCACAGAGGAUCUGCUGCGUUUGGGAAUAACUCUGGCUGGUCAUCAAAAGAAGAUUCUGUCCAGCAUUGAGGCUCUUGGGAUUCAAAACAAAACUCCAGGGAAUGUGCUCUACUGAGUGAACCAUCCACACACACAAACGCUUGUUGAGUUGCCCAAGAACCUUCAUGUAACCUACCCACUCACAAUCAGGAACGUUUGUACUUCCUUUUUUACCGGGUCACUUAAGGAUCAAAUGGCUUACUUGCUUCCAAGACUACUUAAAGAGAACCAGUCCGGGAACCUGUCGGAACUAUCACUGUAAUACCACUAAUAUUACAAAGCUUCAUUUGUGAUAUCAAACGGGCCACGUAGGAAUGUAACCUCCACCAUUUCAACAUUUUUGGGAGCCACAUGAUGUAAUCCAAAAGCAAAACUUGCUCUGACAUCAUAAUGCAAAGACAGUGAUGCAGUAUUUCCAUUUUUGCAGAGUAUUUUUCUAAAGGAGACUUUCAUAAUGAAGAGACUGAAGGAGGAUAUACAGCAAAAGAUGAGAAAUAUGAUCUUUAUAAUGCAAGAAUUUGGAUACAAGUAUAAGAUUAUUAAUGACGACUUCAUCCUUCGUAUUAAGGAUGUGCUGUGCGUGAACGGACGCAUACUCACACUAAGUGCCAAGUAAUUGGUAUUUUGUUUUUAAAUUAUGCACUCUGUGUGUGAGUGUGUAUGUGAGCAGCAA